AUGAAUAACGAUACUCAAACCGUUUUUUCCGAAUUUUCGGAUCCCUACCGACGGUCGUUGAUUGAUCGUAUCUGUGUCGCUCUCGGCAACGACAAAAUCCCACGCGUGAAGGCGCUGGGUCUAUGGUUCACUGACACCAAGGCCCUGGAGGUCCUUGUAGACCACGCGCGAAACCCACACAUGCUUAUACACAUCCUGGUUGGCUUCUCCCAAUACAAUUUUGCGAGCAUUUGGGCCAGUGAUAGACAAGCACCUCGCCCUAGCCAACCUAGGGGACCGGAAACCAGACCCGAGGUGGGCCCACGCGGCGAGAGGAGUGCCGCUGAUAUCUCGAGCCGACACCCUGAGUGUGGUGAUCGUGGUAGAUCUAGCUCUCUGGCACAAGCCAGUACCACCGCUCGCUUGCGGUCAGAGUCCAGAAUCCCGGUAGCCCAGGGCAGAGGCCAGCGAAAGAAGAUACCUGGUGACCCAACCGAGGAAAGCAUUUGGGUGACAGUGACAGAUCGUGAGGAGGCUAGAUGCGUUCUGACCCGCCGUGGAGGACCAUCGCUUGAGGUAGCCCAUAUUAUAUCGAACAGGAUCAAUUGGACCAUGCGGGACGAGCAUGCUGAAAACAGCGUCUGGAAUUUUCUUCGCGCCUUCUGGUCCGAAGAAAAGGUCGAUGCAUGGGAGAAAGCCCUGAUGCCAGGUGGUGUGCUAGUGAGCACUGAACGGCUAUGCAACCUGAUCACGCUGGAUCUCACAGCUCACGAUCAAUGGGACCGCGGACUCAUUGCAUUCCGGCCAAUUUCGGUCAACGAAGAAGAAACUGAAAUGCAAAUCGCAUUUCACUGA